ACAUCAUUAAGUAAACACAAUUUAAUUCAUUUUCUAUAAAUUAACGAGGUCAGCGAAAAGGACAAAACAUUAUAACUUUUCGCGUUAACUUAAAAUGCUUCGUAAUUUUAUAAAAAGAACUUACUGUAGUGUUCCAUUAAAUAAUCUCAAUAUCGAACAGAAAAUUAACCCAUUAACCGACACUUUCGGUAGAUUUCACAAUUAUUUGCGCAUCUCUCUAACAGAGAAAUGUAAUUUAAGAUGUCAAUAUUGUAUGCCAGCCGAAGGUGUUACUUUGAGUCCAAAACAAAAUUUACUAACUUUGGAUGAAAUUGUACGCGUUGCAAAACUUUUCGUUAAAGAAGGAGUUAAUAAAAUACGCUUAACAGGUGGUGAACCCACUGUACGUAAAGAUUUAGUUGAUAUAAUAGCAACUUUAAAAAGCAUUCCAGGUUUAGAAACCGUUGCAAUGACCACUAACGGAAUAGUUUUAACAAGACAAUUAGUUGCUUUACAAAGAGCCGGUCUCGAUAUCAUCAAUGUAAGCCUCGAUAGUUUAAAACCGGAACGAUACGAGAAAAUAACGCGAAGGAAAGGUUUAGAAAAAGUUAAAAUGGGCAUUGAUUUAGCGCUACAACUCGGAUAUAAACCCGUUAAAAUAAAUUGCGUUUUAAUUAAAGGGUUUAACGAUGACGAAAUUAUUGAUUUUGUGAAUUUAACAGAAAAUAAAAACAUCGAUAUACGAUUUAUUGAGUACAUGCCAUUUAGCGGAAAUAAAUGGGAAAUCAAAAAAAUGUUUCCUUAUAAAAAUAUCUUAGAAAAAAUCAAGGAAACACACCCGGAUUUUUAUCAACUCCCAAACGGCCCAAAUGAUACCUCAAAAGGAUGGAAAGUACCCGGAUUUGAAGGCCAAGUUGGUUUUAUUACUUCAAUGAGCGAACAUUUUUGCCAUUCUUGUAAUCGACUCAGAAUAACAGCUGAUGGACAUCUUAAAGUUUGCUUAUUUGGGAAUCGGGAGAUUUCUUUGAGGGAUGCGAUGAGAGCUGGGUGUAAUGAUGAUGAUUUAACUGCUUUAAUUGAAGCCGCCGUUAAAAAGAAGAAAAAACAACAUGCAGGUACUUUUAAUCGACCAAAUCAGCUCAACAACUCAAUUUUAAAUCAACAUUUCUUCCCCCAUCUCUUCGUGAAACCUCAAAAAAUCGCAAAUUACCGAAAUCACAGCACAUUGUCUCACAUAAACUCUGAAAGUGGAAGCGUACAAAUGGUUAACAUUGGUACGAAAUCGAUAACAAAUCGUACAGCAAAAGCUCGUGCAAUAAUCCACGUUGGAUCUGAAGUUUUAUCUCUAAUUAAAACAAAUUCGAUUAAGAAAGGCGCCGUUUUAACUUGUGCUGAAAUUGCUGGAAUAAUUGGAGCAAAAAGAACUAGUUCAUUAAUUCCAAUGUGUCACAAUAUCAAUUUAAAUCAUGUUGAGGUUAUUGCGGAACUUGAUGACAAAACGAGCUCUGUGAUUAUUUAUGGUAAAGUGAUGUGUGAAGGAAAAACCGGGGUUGAAAUGGAAGCUUUAACCGCGGUUAGCAUUGCAGCCUUAACUAUAUAUGAUAUGUGCAAAUCGGUUAAUAAAGGAAUGGUAAUUACUAACGUUGAGUUGGUUGAGAAGAGCGGUGGAAAAAGUGGCGAUUUUAAUCGGAGCAUUUUGGUUAAAGAUUACGAUAAAACACCUUUAGAUGGAAAAAUAAAAGUUGUUAUUGGGAAUGUUUAAUUAAUACUUUACAUCGUUAUUGGGAUAUUUCUAUUUUUUAUAAUUUAGUAGUAAGGUGACAAAUGGGGAUAUAUUAUAUAUUUUUGCAUAUAAUAAACGUUAUUUUAUGAUAAUGAAA